CCUUCCGUCCGUCUUUCCUUCCUGCUUCGCUUGUACACGUUUUUCGCUAUGGGGCCGAGCUUCGGGGCCUCCCGCGUCUUCUGAGGAUCCCGGAAGCCGCCCCCGCGAUGGAAGAGGACCAGGAGCUGGAGAGAAAAAUAUCUGGAUUGAAGACCUCAAUGGCUGAAGGCGAGAGGAAGACAGCCCUGGAAAUGGUCCAGGCGGCUGGAACAGAUAGACACUGUGUGACAUUUGUAUUGCACGAGGAGGACCAUACCCUAGGAAAUUCACUUCGUUACAUGAUCAUGAAGAACCCGGAAGUGGAGUUUUGUGGUUACACUACAACCCAUCCUUCAGAAAGCAAAAUUAAUUUACGCAUUCAGACUCGAGGGGCUCUUCCAGCUGUUGAACCAUUUCAGAGAGGCCUGAAUGAGCUCUUGAAUGUCUGCCAGCACGUGCUUGACAAGUUUGAGGCCAGCAUAAAGGAAUAUAAGGAUCAAAAAGCAAGCAGAAAUGACUCCACAUUCUAGUCAUAGUGGGAGGACUCUGAUGUUUUCUUCGGGAUCUCACAAAAUCCAGUAGAAGUUUGUGAUUCAUCAUUACCCUCAGAAAGUGGUGUGCGUCUAGCCUUUAACCCAUUGCAGCUGUUGGAAUCCGUGCAAGAACCUUUGUAUUCUUCUAAUAAAUUCCCUCUUUCAUUUAAACUAA